CUGAACAUGCAGACCGCAUUGUAUCUUUAUAUGUUAGGAACCCUGUGCAUUGGUUCUCUUUUGUUCCGGGUCACCAUAGCUGCACUAGAAGAUUGCUGUGAAGUAAAAACUGUUGAAGGAGCGACAAAUUCAAGUCUUAACGGAGAUUACUUUCUGCUGAGCAACGAUGGACCAACUAGGGAAGAAUGCAAGGAUGGAUGUAUUUAUUUAAAGGACAAUGAUGAAUACUGUUUUCGAAUGGUUCCCCUCACAAUUGCUCCUGAUGUGGGCUGUAAGGUGUUAUCACAAGAAGAAAUAACAAGUUUAGAAGAAGAAAGAACUGACCUAACAAACCUCUUAAACGCUGUAACAGACUUGAAUGAAGCAACACCAGGAUCAAGGCAGCGACGUGAACUUACAACACCUUCUAAUUGUACGACAAUGGAAGAUUAUUUGGAUAAAGUUAUUCCAAUGGUUAAAGAUAAACCCACAAAGGGAGCAGGGCUACCUUAUAUAGCUGCAGUAAGAAAAGCUGUUCGGUCCGGAUUAUCAUGCUCUUCUGUUAAACAAAAAACUGGAUUUCUUAUAAAGAUAAUAAAAAAUCGGUUGAAAGCGAUAAAAGUCCAAUUAAUUUCAGCUGGUAUAACAACCAUUGAACCAACAGAACCACCUACUUCAGUAGCAACUGAACCACCUACUUCAGGAGCAACUGAACCACCUACCACAGUAGCAACUGAACCACCUACUACAGUAACAACUGAACCACCUACUACAGUAGCAACUGAACCACCUACUACAGUAACAACUGAACCACCUACCACAGUAGCAACUGAACCACCUACUACAGAAACAACAGAACAACCUACCACAAUCAAAACUAAACCACCUACUACAGUAACAACUGAACCAGCUACUUCAGUAACAACUGAACCACCUACUACAGUUACAACAGAACCACCUACUACAGUAACACCAGAACCACCUACUACAAUAAAGACAGAAGAACCUACUUCAGUAACAACUGAACCACCUACUACAGUAAGAACAGAACCACCUACUACAAUAACAACAGAAGAACCUACCACAGUAACAACAAAAACACCUACUACAGUAACAACAGAACAAUCUACUACAGUAACAACUGAACCCCCUAAUACAGUUACAACAGAACCACCUACUACAGUAACACCAGAACCACCUACUACAGUAACAACAGAAUCACCUACAACAGUUACAACUGAGCCCCCUACAACAUUUACAACAGAACCACCUACUACAGUAACAACUAAACCCCCUAUUACAGUUUCAACAGAAGCACCUACUACGGAAACAACUCCAGAAUCAACACAAAAAUCACUUACUACAAUAACAACUGUAGAAUCAAGAACAGAAUCACCUAAUACAAUAACAACUGCAGAAUCAACGACAGAAGCAUCUACUACAGUAACAACUGUAGAAUCAACAACAGAAGCAUCUACUACAGUAACAACUGUAGAAUCAACAACAGAAGCAAGCACCUACUACAAACCAACAACAGAAUCACCUACGACAGUUACAACUGUAGAAUCAACAACAGAAGCACCUACUACAGUAACAACUAUAGAAUCAACAACAGAAGCACCUUUUCCAGUAACAACUGUGGAAUCAACAACAGAAACACCUACUACACUAACAACAGUGGAAUCAACAACAGAAUCACCUACUACAAUAACAACUGUAGAACUAACUACAGAAGCACCUACUAGAAUAACACCUGUAGAAUCAACAACAGAAGCACCUACUACAGCAACAACUGUAGAAUCAACAACAGAAGCACCUACUACAGCAACAACUGUAGAAUCAACAACAAAAUCACCUAAUACAGUAACAACUGUAGAAUCAACAACAGAAGCAUCUACUACAGUAACAACUGUAGAAUCAACAACAAAAUCACCUACGACAGUAACAACUGUAGAAUCAACAACAGAAGCAUCUACGACAGUAACAACUGUAGAAUCAACAACAGAAGCACCUACUACAGUAACAACUGUAGAAUCAACAACAGAAUCACUUACUACAAUAACAACUGAAGAAUCAACACAAAAAUCACUUACUACAAUAACAACUGUAGAAUCAACAACAGAAGCACCUACUACAGUAACAACUGUAGAACCAACAACAGAAGCAUCUACUACAGUAACAACUGUAGAAUCAACAACAGAAGCAUCUACUACAGUAACAACUGUAGAAUCAACAACAGAAGUACCUACUACAGUAACAACUGUAGAACCAACAACAGAAGCACCUACUACAGUAACAACUGUAGAAUCAACUACUAACUACUACAGUAACAACUGUAGAAUCAACAACAGAAACACCUACUACUGUAACAACUGUAGAAUCAUCAACAGAAGCACCUACUACAGCUACAACUGUAGAACCAACAACAGAAGCACCUACUACCAAUCAACAACAGAAUCACCUACUACUGUAACACCUCCAGAAUCAACAACAGAAGCAACUACUACAGUAACAACUGUAGAAUCAACAACAGAAGCACCUACUACUGUAACAACUGUAGAAUCAACAACAGAAGAGGUUCUAACUUUGGAAGAAAUUGAUACUGAAUUGGGAAACUUGGAAACUCUUUCAAUAGCUUUGAAUGACUUAGAUGUCUCGGUGGAGAGAAGAAGAAAAAAACGAUCCGUGAGUGAUCCCACCUCAUGUAGUGACUGUCUAAACUAUAUGGACAUUGUAAAAUCAUUUGUAAGAUCUAAUCCUAAUAGAGCAAUCCAAUAUGUCCACGCAAUCAAGAGAGGCAUCUCAGCAUGGAAAUUCUGUUCUGGUCUGAAGGCUAAAAUUUCAGAUUCUAAACAGGAGGUAAUUGAACGUAUUCAGGAACUGAAACAUAAACGCAAAAGUUUAACCAAACAACCACCUACUAUAGUCACAACUCUAGAAACAACAACAGAUGCACCAACUACAGCAACAACUGCAGAACUAACAACAGAAGUACCUACUACAGUAACAACUGUAGAACCAACUACAGAAGCACCUACUACAGUAACAACUGUAGAACCAACAACAGAAGCAUCAACUACAGCAACAGCUGUAGAACUAGCAACAGAAGCACCUACUACAGUAACAACUAAUGAAUCAAUCACAGUAGCACCUACUACAGUGACAACUGUAGAACCAACAACAGAAGUACCUACUACAGUAACAACUGUAGAACCAACUACAGAAGCACCUACUACAGUAACAACUGUAGAAUCAACAACAGAUACACCAACUACAGCAACAACUGUAGAACUAGCAACAGAAGCACCUACUACAGUAACAACUGAUGAAUCAACCAAAGUAGCACCUACUACAGUAACAACUGUAGAACCAACAACAGAAGCACCUACUACAGUAACAACGGAACCACCUACAACAGUGACAACAGAAGCACCUACUACAGUAACAACAGAACCACCUACUACAGUAACAACAGAACCGCCUACCACAGUAACUACAGAAGCACGGACUACAGUAAUUACAGGGGAAUCAACAACAGAAGCACCUACUACGGUAACAACUGUGGAAUCAACAACAGAAGCACCUACUACAAUAAAAACUGUAGAAUCAACAACAGAAUCACCUACUACAGUAACAUCUGAAGAAUCAACAACAGAAGCACCUACUACAGUAAUAACAGAAGCACCUACUACAGUAACAACUGUAGAAUCAACAACAGAAUUACCUACUACAGUAACAACUGUAGAACCAACUACAGAAGCACCUACUACAGUGACAACUGUUGAAUCAACAACAGAUGCACCUACUACAGUAACAACUGUAGAGUCAACAACAGAAGCACCUACUACAGUGACAACUGUAGAAUCAACAACAGAAGCACCUACUACAGAAAUAACAGAAGCACCUACUACAGUAACAACUGUAGAAUCAACAGCCCAAGCAUCUACUACAGUAACAACUGUAGAACCAAGUACAGAAGAACCUACUACAGUAACAACUGUAGAACCAACUACAGAAGCACCUACUACAGUGACAACUGUAGAAUCAACAACAGAAGCACCUUCUACAGUAACAACUGCAGAGUCAUUGACAGAAGCACCUACUACAGUAACAACUGUAGAAUCAAAAACAGAAUUACCUACUACAGUAACAACUGUAGAAUCAACAACAGAAGUACCUACUACAGUUACAACUGUAGAAUCAACAACAGAAGGACCUACUACAGUAACACCUGUAGACACAACAACAACAACAACAGUUGAUGCAACGUCAUUAAAAGAGGUAAACUUACAACGCCAUUUAAAAAUCUCAAACUUCCGCUUUGUUGAUUUGUACUGUACAGGGUAUCCAAAAAAAGGGGUUUCUGUUUCUUGAGGGUCAAUAUAUCAG